CUCCACAUCGCAGCCGGGCAGACCCAGUCCGUCUGCCACCUCUUCACACACGAGGUGGAGUGGCCGGCCGCCACCAUGUAACGUGGCAAGUGCCCCAAUGCUUCCAUUCUUCGAUUCCGCAGCCAAGGUCUGGUUUCGUUUGGCGUGUGCGCGCGUGCCUCCCGCGCUCGCAUGCGCCGGGUGUGGACGCCCACACCACCUCGACCACCCCGGCUCUCUGCGGCCGAGGAUGCGACGACCUCGACGACGACGACCCGUUGCAACAAGGGGGCCAGCCUCGUCGAUUGCCUGCCAGCAUUUAGCCUGCUGGCUUGGUAUCGUCUGUUGUGGUUGCCCGCCCGGUCGCUCGGGACCAGGUUUCUGGUAUAUCAACCGCCCGCCCCGGCCUCUUCUCCGCGUCUCCCCUUCUCCAGUCCGGGGCUCCGGGUUUCCUUUUAGACUUUUCUGCAGCCUCUGCCCGCCGUCUCUCACCCGACCACUUCCCUCCCCCGCGUCGAGACAGCCAGGACGGACGCAAGCACAAUGGCUCAGGAAACGCAUGAACUCGCGGCCGCGGCCUCGGGCGACAAGCCCGUCGCUGCGCACGCGGGAGACGACAUGCACGUCGACGCCGCCGCCGAUGCCCACCGCGAGACGGGCGCCGACGAGGCCGUGGAGCAGAGCUCGUCGAAGCUGGUGCGCUUCUACGCGCACCCGUGGACGCAGAUUCUGCUCAUCAGCUUCAUCUGCUUCUGCCUGCCUGGCAUGUACAACGCCCUCACCGGGCUCGGCGGCUCCGGCCAGGUCGACUCGACGGUGGCGGCCAACGCGACGGUGGCGCUGCUGUCGACGACGGCGGCGACGGCGCUCUUCAUCGUGGGCCCCAUCUUCUCGUGGGUCGGCCCGCGCAUCUGCUUCCUCAUCGGCGGGUGGACGUACGCGCUGUACUCGGGGUCGCUGCUCAGCUUCAACCACAACGGCAACGGCGCCUUUGUCAUCGCGUCGGGCGCCAUCCUGGGCGUGGGCGCGUCGUUUAUCUGGAUCGUGCAGGGCGCCAUCAUGACGACGUACGUGUCCGAGUCGCAAAAGGGCCGCGCCAUCGCCGUCUUCUGGGUCAUCUUCAACCUGGGCGGCGGCAUCGGGUCGCUGGCGUCGUUUGGGCUCAACUACGACUCCAAGUCGGGCACCGUGUCGAGCUCCACCUACGUUGCGCUCAUGGUGGUGAUGCUCUUCGGCUGGUGCCUCGGCGUCUUCAUCUGCAACCCGUCGCGCAUCCGCCUGGCGCAGCUGCACCGCGCCGUCGAGACGGAGAAGCACACCAUCAAGGGCGCCGCCAUGACGGCCGUGCGCACCGUCUGCAAGUGGCGCGUCGCCUGCAUGCUGCCCCUCUUCUUCUCGGCCAACGUCUUCUACUCGUACCAGCAGAACAACGUCAACGGCGAGACGUUCAACAUCCGCACGCGCUCGCUCAACGGCGCGCUGUACUGGCUGGCCCAGAUGCUCGGCGGGCUGCUCAUCGGCCUCAUCCUCGACGUGCCGUGGCUGUCGCGCCCCAACCGCGCCCGCCUGGGCUGGGCCACCGUCUUCGUCACCGGCAUGGUCAUCUGGGGCGGCGGCUACCAGUUCCAGAAGUGGCAGGACGUGCGCCACGCCCAGGGCCACAAGCAGGACAUUGACUACAAGGAGGGCGGCCUGUCCACGGGGCCCAUCUUCCUCUACAUCUUCUACGGCGCCUACGACGCCCUCUGGCAGGGCUUCGCCUACUGGCUCAUCGGCACCGAGUCCAACAGCGCCGGCCGCGCCGCCGUCCUCGUCGGCGCCUACAAGAGCCUGCAGGCCGCCGGCGGCGCCAUGGCCUGGCGCAUCAACGCCCUCAAGGUGAGCCCCAUGUCGCAGCUCGGCAUGAACUGGGGGCUGUGCAUCGGCUCGCUCAUUGUCGUCCUGCCCACCGUCUGGACCGUCACCAAGAGCACCACCGUCGAGGAGGAGGUCCAGGCCACGCACCAGGUUCCGGAGAGCAAGCUGGAGGAGUAGUGUACAUUUAGAGUAAUACACUGUAAUGGACUUGAACUGGCU